CGGAGGGCUGAAUUGGAGCCACGCGCUGCCUGGUCUCUUCUCCGCUCCUCGGCGGGAAAACCGAGUUCAGCGGAGUUUCUCCUCCGACGACUAAGUCGGCUUGGUGGAGGUGGGCCUUGAGGGGCUGCUGGCCCUUUUCUCUUCCCCGGCUGCUUUCUCGGUGACGUUGCGGUCUCCUCCCUCUGCAGCGGAGUUACUGCGCUUGCAAGAGUCCCGGUGCGCUCCGUUCGGCCUGAGGCUCCUCCAUCCGUCCACUCGCCGCCUCCCUCCAGCAUCCAUCGCGGAAUGGCUGGAGCCUUGCCCGCCGAAUGAGUGCUUGACCCGGGGAGGCUGCAGGACGACGGGGCCCUUCUUCCCCGCCCCUCCAGCGGCUCCGACUACUGCCGCCAUGGAGUGAGAGGGUCCGUUCGAGGGCAGCCUGGGGGAGAGGAAUUUUCUGACUUUCCUCUGCGGGAUUCUAGCUUGUUUUAGCUAAGACCUGGAACUCAAUGGCUAUUUUGAAGAUGGUUUGGGUGACACUGAGACCUGGAGCUCUGAUGCCACAAUGAGGACUCACACACGGAGCGCUCCUAGUGUGUUUUUCAUACAUGUGAUUUGCCUUACACUGACCUACAGCACUGACGACACCCCAAGCACUAUGGUUCCUUUUGUCAAUGCCAACUACGAUAGCUACCCUAUGCUCUACUUUUCCAGAGGAGAGAUUCAGGAUUUACAGUUCAAGGCAGCCAGUACACAUCAACACAUUUCAGCUCGCUUAACUGAGGCAGUGCAGACCAUGCUGUCAAAUCCCUUGGAGUACCUUCCUCCCUGGGACCCAAGGGACUUCAGCGCUCGGUGGAAUGAAAUUUAUGGCAACAACCUGGGCGCCCUGGCAAUGUUUUGUUUACUGUAUCCAGAGAACAUGGAAGCCAUCAACAUGGCCAAGGACUACAUGGAAAGGAUGGCGGCUCAGCCUAGUUGGUUAGUAGUUGAUGUCUACGGGAUGAGGGUCCUUCACUCACUUUCUUUGGUUGGAUUUGCCACUGCCUAUGAUUUUUUGUACAACUACCUUAGCAAGUCUCAGCAGGAGAGAUUUCUUGAAGUAAUUGCCAAUGCCUCAGGAUACAUGUAUGAAGCAUCAUAUAGGCGUGGAUGGGGUUUUCAAUACCUACACAAUCAUCAGCCUACCAACUGUGUGGCGCUGUUGGCAGGAAGCCUGAUUUUGAUGAAUCAAGGGUAUCUUCAGGAAGCAUAUAUGUGGACCAAGCAAGUCCUGGCAAUUAUGGAAAAGUCCAUAGUUCUGCUUCAAGAAGUGACAGAUGGAUCCCUCUAUGAAGGAGUAGCUUAUGGCAGUUAUACCACCAGAUCUCUUUUCCAGUACAUAUUCCUUGUCCAGAGGCACUUUGACAUUAACCACUUGAAACACCCCUGGCUUAAACAACAUUUUGCAUUUAUGUACAGGACAGUACUACCAGGAUUCCAAAGAACAGUUGCUAUUGCAGACUCCAACUACAAUUGGUUUUAUGGACCAGAAAGCCAGCUGGUCUUUCUAGACAAAUUUGUUAUGCGGAAUGGAAGUGGAAACUGGUUAGCAGAUCAGAUCAGGAAGAAUCGUGUCCUGGAAGGCCCAGGAACCCCAUCCAAAGGACAGCGCUGGUGCACUCUUCACACUGAAUUUCUCUGGUAUGAUGCCAGCUUGAGAUCUGUGCCUCCACCAGACUAUGGUAUUCCAAAGCUGCAUUAUUUUGAGGACUGGGGAGUUGUAACAUAUGGAAGUGCUUUGCCAGCUGAAGUCAAUAGAGCCUUUCUCUCCUUCAAAUCAGGAAAGCUGGGAGGACGUGCAAUAUUUGAUAUUGUUCACCGGAACAAGUACAAAGAGUGGAUCAAAGGCUGGAGGAACUUCAAUGCUGGCCACGAGCAUCCCGAUCAGAACUCUUUUACUUUUGCUCCCAAUGGCGUGCCUUUCAUCACAGAAGCUCUGUAUGGACCAAAGUAUACAUUUUUAAACAAUGUGCUGAUGUUUGCUCCAGCUGUAUCAAAGAGCUGUUUUUACCCAUGGGAAGGGCAAGUUACUGAAGACUGUACAUCAAAAUGGUUGAAAUAUAAACACGAUCAGGCUGCAGACUGCCAAGGAAGAGUUGUUGCUGCUAUGGAAAGAGGUGGGAUCAUCUUUAUCAGGGGUGAAGGAGCAGGUGCUUACAACCUCAAGCUUAAAUUGAAAAGCCUCCAAAGAAACCUGUUACUUCUCCAUCCUCAGCUCCUCUUAUUAGUAGACCAGAUUCAUCUUGAUGAUGGCAGUCCUUUGGAGGUAGCAACCAGCUUCUUUCACAAUGUGGAAGUGCCUUUUGAAGAAACUGUUAUUGACGAUGUCCAUGGGGCCUUCCUCAGGCAGCGAGAUGGGACAUACAAGAUGUACUGGAUGGAUGACACUGGCUACAGUGAGAAAGCUGUUGUUGCCUCAAGAAUGUACCCCAGAGGCUACCCUUACAAUGGAACAAACUAUGUGAAUGUUACAACUCACCUGCGAAGCCCUAUCACCAGAGCUGUAUAUCUCUUCAUUGGACCUUCUGUAGAUGUCCAAAGCUUUAAUGUCCAUGGGAAUUCUCAGCAAUUAGAUGUUUUCAUAACAACAGGAGAGCAUGCCUAUGCUGCUUAUUUGUGGACUGGCGAAGAUAAAAGCCACUCAGUCUUUGCACAAGUUGUUGCAGAUCGCCAAAAAAUUCUAUUUGAUCGAACCUCUACCAUUAGGAGUGCUGCAGCAUCAGAGAUAAGGGAUUAUGUUGGGUUAGUAGAACAGAACCUACAGCAUUUCAAGCCUGUCUUCCAGCAACUGGAGAAGCAGAUCCUUUCCCGUGUACAGAACACGGACAGCUUCAGAAAGACUGCUGAGCGACUGCUACAGUUUUCAGAUAAGAGACAGACAGAGGAAGCCAUUGAAAGGAUAUUUGCAAUAUCUCAGCAACAGCAGCUGCAAGGCAGGGGAAAGAGGAAUAGGAAGGUAGUAAAAGGGUUUGUUGAUGCCGGCCCUGACAUUUUUGCACAAAUUGAAGUCAAUGAAAGAAAAGUUCGUCAGAAGGCACAGACUUUAGCCCAAAAAGAAAUGCCUGUGGAUGAAGAAGAGGAGAUGAAAGAUCUUCUCGAUUUCGCAGAUAUUUCCUAUAGGCAGCAUAAAAACAGUGUGCUGAUCAAAGGCCAGCCUGGCCUGAUGCAGAUGCUGACUACUGCUAGAAGCAGUGCUCCCUCAAUGUCAGCAUCAUACACCCGACUGUUCCUCAUUCUGAACAUAGUUAUUUUCUUUGUCAUGCUUGCAAUGCAGCUGACCUGGUUUCAUAAGGCCAAGAGUCUGCACAGCCAAAGAUGUCUCUAUGCAAUCUUGCUCAUUGACAGCUGUAUUUUAUUGUGGCUGUAUUCUUCUUGUUCUCAGUCACAGUGCUAGCUAAAAGACCAGGAGUUUCUUGACCGUUGUUUGAUUAGAUAUGUCUGUACCACACAGUUACCCUGAUGGGGGGCCAAGCUUGUUUUGUUCCUUUUCUGACACAUUCCAGGAAGCAGCUGCAGAAUGGCUGAAUCUUUGCAGUCAGGAAAGAUAAAAGAUAAUGGGCAUUGGACACAUUUCUCGGAGAACAAAGUGCCAUCUAGACAUGGGUCAAGUUGGGAUUUGGCCUGUGAAUGAAUGUCAUACAUCUUUGUUCUGAACUUGGUGUGUGGCAUUGCAUUUUCUUCUUCAAAAGUAAAAUUCCUGCCCUUUAAGAGUUGUUUCCUAAUGUUUGUUUCAACAGCCUUCUGUCUAACUGUUGAUACAUACAGCAAUUAACUAGUGAAUGGGUUUCAUCCCUUCUGCAAAGAUGAUUAUAUGAAGAGAGUGUGACAGAGUGCUGCUGCAGAUUCUUUGUCACCUCUUGUCUUCCUUACAUUGUUGACACUGCAAUUAAAAUGAAAUACUGACAAUCAGCCACCAUCCAGAAAAAGAAAGGAUGGCAGAAAUUUGCUCUAUCCCAUUCCCCAUUAGGAGCUUGUAAAUCCUGUUCCUCCUUCCAGUAUGUGGUAGAAGGCCACUUACAGCUAAGAAAAAGCAAUGUCUUCUGUAAUGGGUGUGGCUGUCCCUAAAAAUUAGGGACAGGGUGUGGCUGUCCCUAAAAAUUAAACUAUGACCACCAUAAGGUUCCACCAGUAAUCCCUCUAUUCCUCUUCUCUUUCUUUGGAUGGCCAAAGACUUCAGGGUGAUUUGACCAGUGCCUGGUAAUUUGAUGGCUUUUGUGGCUGUACUAAUCCACCAUUGAGCUAUCAUCACAGGUAGAGUUUUCACAGCAUCUUCAGUGCUUUCCAGUGGACCUAAUUUAUACAUUCAGCUGGCAGUCAUCUACUAUUGAGUGACAAAGUGAUAUACAGAAUGUGAAGACCAGGCUGUAGCUUGCCUAAAGAAACCAGGGUUGCACCUUGGGGAGAAGGUUGUGUGGCAGGGAUACCCUGUGGGGCCAUAUGGAUAAGGGUGUAGGUAUGCUUUCAUAUGUGUUGGGUUGGCAGAGUGGCUUCUGGAUAGAAGGUCCUGUCUUUCCAUGAGAAGCCAUGUUGGGAGGAGUUGAUAGGUAGACUCUUGAUCUCUAGGACACAGUAUCAAACAUUAUUUUUUACAAGAAGUAACAUUGUUUUUAAAAGUAUAGAAUGUGCCAAUCUGGUGGUGUGUGACAAUCAUGGGACUGAUUAUUAAAUCCUGGUUAUUUGAAAAGUAGAAUGAUCUGAAGAAUUAGUUUAUUAUGGUAUUAUUGAAGAAAAAAUCUUCAAAUACAUUUUGCUAAAUAAACAGACUGUAAAUGUC